AUGCGAACGAAACCUGACGCAAGACCGAAAUUCACGGUGCCAUUGGGAAGUAUUGGAGUUUGUUUGCCCGCAGAUAAUUCUUGUGCAAAGGAAAUAUCCAAACGAUUUCCGCUAGAGGAGAAUAUGGGUAGAGAAGUGCCUAAAGUACUAUGUCACUCGUACUUUGGUUGCUUUCCAUUCAAUCCCCUCACUGCUGACAUCCCCAAUGGUUGCCUCAGCGGCGUCUACAGCAUUGUACUUAAUCGCCCGAGGGCUCGAAAUGCACUCUCUAUCCAAAUGGUCAAUGAAUUGGCUGAUGCAUUGGACCAAGUUAUGCAUGAUCGCCUUAUACAAGUGCUUAUCAUCCGUUCAUCGAGUCACACCGCGUUCUGUGCAGGUGCUGAUCUUAUUGAAAGGCGAACUAUGUCAGAAGAGCAGGUUGAAGCGUUCCUAAUGAACCUCAAUCGGCUGCUGUCGAGAUUGGACUCUUUCCCGAUCCCUACCAUCGCCGCGAUAGAUGGCCCUGCCUUGGGUGGUGGACUUGAGCUCGCGCUUACUUGCGACUUCAGGAUCGCCGGAAGCAAUGUUACAAAGAUCGGAUUCCCAGAGGUCAAACUUGGUAUCAUACCAGGAGCGGGCGGAACCCAGAGAGCACCUAGGGUGAUCGGACUUACUCGAGCCAAGGAAGCUGUGUUUACGGGACGUAUGCUCAGCGCACAAGUUGCCAAAGAAUGGGGGCUGGUGGAUUACGUCUCGGAGCAUCCAAGUACGGCCUAUGACAGGGCACUGGAGCUGGCAGCUGAGAUGGCUGGUAGUGCCCCACUCGCUCUUCGUGCUGCUAAAGCGUCAAUCUCACUUGCACUUGAAGUCCCGCUAGAUGCCGGUCUGGAGCACGAGAGAGCAUGCUACGAACCACUUCUUUCCACGCGGGACAGGACGGAAGCUCUAGAUGCAUUCCGAGAGAAGAGACAACCCGUGUUCCGGGGGGAGUGA